UUUUUUAUGGCAGAGAGGAUGCUGCGACUCAAAAUUUAUACUAAAAUACUAAUAUGCUUAUUUAUCUAUUAACACUUAAUAUAAUUGAAAUAAUAGUAAAACAUAUACUGUAAGCGGCGCGUAAAUAAUUACCUUGAUACGCAAUGUCCGGCGUUAGCGUCGUUUCCGACACCCGUGCGGUGCUGCCACCGUAGCAUAUAGGGUGGCCAAAGGAUAUGCGCGCGCAUGCGAGCGCGACCGCGGGCCGUAGGCCGUUAGAUUCGAAGUCGAGGAGAACGACUCUCCUUUGAGAAGUGCAAACGAGCAGACGUGUUAUUAAAUCGUGCGCAUGAGAGUACUUUCGAGAAGUGUUAAAUUGUAGAAGCAUUCCGAUCUUUAUUAAAUCUUUAUUACUAAAAUCAGUGUCCGUUGAAUUUCACCUAACAACGCUCCAAUCCUGGCGAGAACCGUUUGCAGUGCGUACGGGCUCCUGUGGCAUCCAAUUCGCCUUUAAAAAUUCAGUCUUAAACACCGGUUACUUGACAUACAAAGAACAUUCGAGAAGUUUCCAGACGAGGAUCCAAAGGAAAGAGACUAACGCUUAACUCUUGAGUCAUUUGAAAAUAGCAACAGCAGACUUUUACAAUACAUUAUUUACAGUUUCUAACAAAUUGGAAUUUUUGUCUCUAUCUUGAUAGCUUUAAUCAAGUAAUUCACGAUUGAACGAAUUUAUACAACGUAAUACUCGUUAAUGUUCGAAGGCAACUAUCGUUAUUAUAUUGUCACUCCGAACGUUCGCAAGAAUCCAACUGUUAGAUUUCAAAAGUCUAAAAAUUCGAGUCAUCUUUAAACCCGGAACUUUCCGCUGGCGCCGGAUGUUGGUGUCGCUGCGUGGCGCUGUUGUAGCUCGUCCAAUGAGAAGAUCGCUACAGUACUCCCCUCCGAGCGACCUUAGGUUUGUUCGUUUUACCUACACUUUCUCCACUUUUGUAGAAAGUGUACACUAUCACGUUUCUUUUACAAGAAGUGACGUCAUAGUACGCUGUUCGUUUUGCGAGUGUAGCUACACUAUAGUGGCGAUUUCCCUAUACUUUUUACACUUGGUCUUGAGGAGGUGUGAAAAGUGUAUACCUACGAUUCCCGCGAAAUAUAACGUACAUAUGAUUAACACCAACGAGACCUGAACAUAAUUCUGAAGAAAUAUUUACCGGUAAUAAACCUUUAUAAAAUAGUUAAUGUAUUACAUUAUUAAAAUGAAUGCUUUUAUGAUGUUAAGAGAUAUUCAUAACAUGAGAUCAUUAAUAACAUUUUUAAUAAUAUUUUCUGUUUCAUAUUUUAGCUGUUCACUAUGCAAAAAGAAAAUAUGCAAGUAAAAUUUGCAAACAUUGCUCAAGAUUCCAAAGGAAAUUUUAUUGUCAACGGUGACAAUAAUAUUCUCUGCACAUCCAAAGAUGGAUUGAAGUUUAUUUCUAAGAAUUCAUUAUUAUUGGACGCUAAUGCAAUGAUCUGCCCAGUUGAGGACGAGUUGUAUCAGAUUGAAUUAGAUAAUUUAAAUGAUAAAGCAAACAAUGCCUCAAAUAUUGACACUACUGAUGAAUCAUCCACUUCAGCAACAACAAAUGAAUCUGCCAUAAUUAAAAAGAAUCAUGAUACUGAUUCUUCAUUUUCAUGGAAUGAUGAACCUACCAGAUAUUUUUUAUCUUUAUAUCAAGAAAAUAGAAAACUUGUUUUGUCCAGGAAGUUGAAAACAUUAAAAGCAAUGUGGAUUCAUAUCGCUAAUACAAUGACAAAGUCUGGAUAUAAUGUAUCUCCGCUACAAGUUGAAAACAAAUUUAAGACGAUGGAACGAGCAUAUAAGAAUAUGGUGUCAAACAAUAAAAAAACAGGAAGAGGACGGGCAACAUGUAGUUAUAUGAUUUUUUAAUUUUAUUACGACUGUGAUUUUAACUUGCAAACGCAAUGAAGUUCAUAAACAUUAAAAGUUAUAAAGUUACAUAAA